AUGAUUGUUUCGAAUUCAUCACCAAAGAGCAAAAUUACAGUGGUAGAAAACACGUUAGAAUUGCAGUAUGGAGAAGAAAUUCGUUACAUUGCACCAGCAAAUGCAAUUCGCAAACGAAAGAAAUCUCAAACAGACUAUCGUGAUUGCCUCCUUCCAGCCAUACGAUAUUUAAAAGAAAAUGAUCCACGAGAAGAUUGGGAAGGAGUUUGUGAAAUGUGUGAUGCUCUUGAUGAUACUGUUCGAUAUCAGCUAGAUGACUUAGUGAAGGGACGCAAUGUCUUGGAGAUCGGUCUUUGUACCGCACUUCCCACAGUCUUUGCUGUACGAAACGGAGCAAAACAUGUCACUUUAAUUAGUGAUAAUCUUGAAAUAAUGGAGUCAUGUGUUAAGCCAACGCUCGCCCGGAAUAAAAUUGAUGAAGGACUAUACGAAAUUGUGUAUAGUUCUCCGGAAGAUCGUAAAAAGGUAGUCAAACAACAUGGAUAUGAAGUCAUCCUGGCAGUGGACAUACUUAAUAAUGCAAAAAAUCGUUUUGAAGAAAUUCAUGAUAUCAUUGAUCAUGCAAUGGAUAAUUAUGGCAUCUGUCUGUUAGAGUCUCAAGUGUUUUACGACAGUGGUCAAAUUAGUCUGGCUGAUUUUAUGGAAAUGGUAAAGAUGAAGCGGAAGUUUGAAAUUUUUGUCCGUUGGUCAUCCCCUAAAAUGCAAGUUAUUCAAAGAAAGGUAAUUCAGCUCACUCGAUCCAUGAGGUAA